AUAUAUCAGGCUUAAUUGCAAUUCAGGGCCAGAAGGAGUGGGCCUCGCAAUUUGCGAGCUUUUCAGUUGACCCAAAGCCAUUUCGCUGGCGAUGUCUAGACUCUAGGCUCGCAUUUCGUUGUUGCAAAUAAGUUUGCAGGCGAAACUCCGGCCUCGCCCCGGCCAGCCAUUAAAAGUGGCCACAGACUGGCUGUCUCGGGUGCGUUAUGCGAGUACUUUAUAUUCAAAAGUGUGUAAUUUGCAAAAAUGUCGGCCGGAACUCCACCGGCAUCGCCCCCAGCGACUCCCACAGCACCAGCAGCUGUGCUCGUCACAUUAACCUGAUGCCAGCGGGAAAAGAGAGAAGGGAAAAGAGAAAAGGGCGGAAAAUGCUCGCCAAGUGCGCAACGGAUUACACUGAAAACAAUUCAGCAGACCCUAAGUUGCACAAUCAACAGCCAUGGCGCACAAAAUGCCCUAAGAAUUACUGUUUGGGAAGCUAUGAAUGUACUUUCUAGGUUCUUAGGCUGACGGCAUUUUGUAGGUCGCCAGCUCACUUGUUGUUUCUGGUGUUGUUGCUGCUGUCGUCAGGUCGCGGUUAAUUAUGUUUUUUGUAUGUCCUUACGCAUAGCGAGAGGCAAAGGACGACGCUUCUCCUAUGUGCCUAUGUGUGCGUAUGGGUGUGUGUGUGUGUGUGUGUGUGAUUAUCGUCUCGGAUUUAAUGCGCACUUUGAUGUGAAACAUUGCUAAUUUGGCUUUUUAUGUUCUUGUCGGCGCUGCUCACUUCCCCUAACUCGGUCCUGAUUGCUGUUGUUUUUGCACCGCCUUGUGGUUUUUUUAAAGCCGCAUUAAUGCUGGUGACAUUUUUACCCGGCCUUGAUUUCAAUUAUGAGUAUGUAAAAUAUGCUUAAUAUGACAUGAAGGGUUGACAAUAUCAUGACACAAUGGACUUAAAAGAACCAAAAUGAAAGCGUAUUUCACCUUCGAACGCAUACCUUUUGAUAGCUGAUAUUCAGACCCAUGACCUUUUACACCGACAGAUUAUUUACGAAUACGGCUUAUCCCGUACUUAACUUGGCAAUUUACUUCAAUUUCCCGCUGCUCAAGUUGAUUCCACCUUAAAGCCACUUUCAACCAUUGAGCUGCCACGGAGACUUCAAAGUUGGCGUUGUUUCAAUUAAUCCUUGGGGAAAAAAAACAUUCUCGGCUUACAAAGUCAGACGAGUUUUUUGUGCCGGGGCAAUUUGUGAAUUGCGAAAAUUGAUUUAUGGCAUUUUUGCACAGGCAUCUCACAUUUCACUCUUCACUUUUCACUCUGCUGCCGAUGACAGCCGACGCAAAAAACAAAAAAAAAAUCGAAGUCAGCCCGGUGGAAAAACGUAAGGGAUAUGGCAAAAAAAUACGGCUAAAAGCUAAAACAAAUGGCAGACAUAAAUCCAUCAUCAUCAACAUUAUCGUGAUGGCCGAGAAGCAGCCAAGCGUUUGAGCAAAUUGACUGCAAGCAAUUUGGGCUAAGAAAGUGCAAAAAACGAGGAGUAUAAUUUCGACAAAUAUUGCUCAUACGCAGUGGUGCCCAGCACAAGCCGCAGCAACAGCAGCAGCUCGGGUACCUAAUUUAAAUAAAUCGACAAAGUUCUCACACUACCCUUAAUAAAUUGUAAUCGACUUAAUAGAGUGAUUCGUCUGACGGCAGCAGGUUAUUACAACGCCCAGCCACAAAACCAACUGAAAGUUUAAUAACAUUUAUGGCCGCUGGCCAAAUUAUGUGUAGCAGUAUCAUACAUUUGCACACACAGAAGAGUUCAUUUCAAAAUAUCCCCGAAUGGGGUUGAAGUCUUAACCCUUGCCCAACAGCUGAUAAAUUGGUUUCAUCUCAAAGUUCGGUCCAGUCAGACAGUCGACAGCCAGUCCAUCUGGAUCCCUUCACUUAGUUCAUAAUUUACUUACCCGAGAGCAAAAGCCAAGACCAGAUGUUUGACUCUACACUUUAACCAAAAUGUUUUGCCGCAGUGCGGCGAACAAUAACAGCAACAGACCAAAGCUAAAAUAUGCAAACAAAUGGCUUAAACUGUUUUUGACCCUCCGGCUAACAAUGAAUUUUGCAGAAAUAACCGACUCUGACUGCGUUCAAAUACAAAUUUUAGUGCGACUUCAGCAAUAUGCACACCAUGAGUAACAAGUGCCCGUUCCGAUUGGCAGUGCUUCAGAAUUGAAUAGAAUUUUUCACUUUUUCGUUUCUGAACGUAAUUUCAUCGUUUUAAUGAAACAAGUGAUAACCCAAAAGGGCAGUUGCCGAAUCUGGCAGAUAAGAGACUCACUUCCUAUAAUACAGAUGCAAACCCAAAACUGUUUAGUUGCCUGAAAGCAUCGGAUCGAGAAACUCCGAGCAGCUUAUAAAAAGUCUAUGAUUUAUACAGUGCCAUUCUAAAAAUCGAAGUAAUAGAUAUGAGGAGUACAAUUAUAUUUACUUUGGCCACGGUUUGGGCACUUGGAAAAUCCGCACAUGGUUACAAAACUUAUUAUCUAAUGGGGGAAGAAGACAGGAUGCAUUUGGACCCAAUUUUUAAGGAAAUCGAUAAGUUGAAUCAGUUGAAUAAAGAUGAGCCCAUGCAUGUUCCUGCCUAUAUAAUUGGAUCAAAUGGCUAUGUAAACGAAAGUCUCAAAGAUUCUUCUGAUAUAAUAGAAAUGUCGAAUAAAUUUAGUCGGAUUUCGAUGCAUUACAAAAAAAUGAGAAAAUUCGAGUCAGCUGAGUGGGAAAAUGACACACAACUCAGCUUGGCUAGGGCGCAGGUAUUUACAGGAGAUGGGAACAUUAUGAAUAUGGAGAAAUAUCACUUGAAACUCUUUGGGAAGGAUGAUUUUAUCAGUCAAAUGGCCAAGUUCAACCAGUUUGAGCCCCAAACGUGCAAGACGCCCCAAUCGCCGCAGCAAUUUCUUUACUUCUUUUAUGUAUUGUUCUACAUUGUUCACGAACUGAAGGCUCACGCCUUGGUAGAGUGGUCCUGGCUGUUGCUGAGGAAAUUUGGACAAGAUGUAUCCAUCGAGGAGGAGGACAGGUCAGCCUACAAGCGCACGGAAGGCACUCUAGAGAAAAUAAAGGACCUGAUGAGCCGAGCAGAUCGCUCCGUGUGGCGCUGUGAUCCCUGGGAACACAAGUCCGGGGUCACCUACGAGGAGGUCACCCGUCUCCUGCAGGGUUACGUGGAGAACGAGGUGGACCUGAACAGCGAUGGAGUGUGCAGUCGAGAUUGCGGCUACUACAAGUCCGCCAGAAAUGAGGGCUGUUUCGAUAGUAAGUUCUGUUCCGAGCAGCCAAAAUGUUCGGGCGGAGUGCACGAUUGCCGCUUUGUGGAGUCGUCUAUGAAGAUUUGUCAGGCGGAAAAGACCUCUAGCAGGCGGUACGAGUUCAUAGAGUAUAAAAGUGGCCUAGUUCAUGGCACUCAAGAACAUUGUGACACUUGGUCGAACAGUGCAAAGAGUUGGAAUCGCUGGCUUUUCAUGGAGUGCAGCUACUGCCUAUGCUUGUGCGAUGAUCAGAGUGCUCAAUCGGAUCGGUACUUCAACCUGCGCCCUGUGGUCGCCGAUGUGAAAAACAACAGGGUUGUGACCGGCCUCCGGUUUGUGAAGAAGAAUCGCAUUUUUCACCUGCAAGUUCAGGAAGGUGAGCUUCUGCCACUUGGAGUCAUCAACAAGCCCACUCUUCAGUGGAAGCCCGUGGAUUCGUACUCCAUAUUCGACAAGAAUGUGACUGAUACCGUUGACUACCAUAAGCUGAGCUACGAAAGUCGAUCCCUUGAUCUGGGUGAUGUGAAGGCGGAAAACAAUUCAGCAGUGGUCACCGGCCUGCGGUUCCAAGUGAUGGGAGGUCAUCUUCAACUGCAGGUUCAGUUCAGCGCAGUUGAGUUUGAAAGUGGAAAGCUCAUCGAUCCGACGAAGACGAGUCACUGGACAUCCUUAGGCACCGAUCAGAAAAGGGAGAAACUGCCGCUUAGGGACGCCCAAGUGUCCAGUAAAUCCUCGGUGCCUUCUAUACCUUACCCAAGUGACAACCAGUACAUCGAAUUUACCAACACGGGCUUCGUUCAGGAUGCGGCCCAAUCUACGGUGCCGUUCAUCGAUAUUCAGGACGUCGUGACGGAACCGGCGGUUCCACUUUCCGGAAUCGGAAUAUACUACAAAGGUCGGGAUGGCUACGGUGGUUUCUUGGCGCCCCGACUCACCACCUACGACUUCACCCAAUAUGUUCAGGUGCCCACAUGGGAAUCAAUGCACUCCAAGGAUACGAUAUAAUUUCGUCUGUGAGUCUUAAAAGUACGU